GGUGUGUGUGUGUGUGUAUGUGUGCCUUGUGAAAUGACAUCUGUCAUCAGAGCAGGGGACAUGGUCCAAUAUAUUCCAAGGUGAUUCUUAUAAUACAGGAGCCAGCACUCAAUCAACACACUGUAUUCUAGAGGGCUCUAUGUCAAUUUACAGCAGACUUUGCAAGUGGAUUCUAAGAUACAAGCAGUACAUAGUGUGGGUGAGUGACUCCUUUCUCUUGAAGGGGAACCAGCAACGAGGCCACCUAUUUCUUUGAAAUUGCCUGACACGAUCUCUGAUCAUUUUCCUGCUCAUUCCCCUUCCCAUACAUGCUUCCUGUUUUGGACUCAAAAGGCUCAAAGUAGUAUCAUCCUCAGGGCCUUAGCUGAGGCCAUUCCCUCUACCAUCACACACUUCCCCACACAGGCUCUGGGCUCCUGCCUUCCUUCCCUGCAGGUCUCUGAUCAAAUGUCACCUUGUUUACUGGUCUUGACCAAACACUGAUUGCAAAAUAGCACUCAUAUCCACGCUCUCCUUUAUAUCUGCUUCUGUCUCUUCAUAGCACUUGACACCCUGUGAUGUCUUAUUAAUAUUUGUAUUUGAUUCUAUUCAUUCUCCAUCACUAGAUUAUAGUGGCUUUUGGUUUUCAGUAUCCCAUGCUCAUGGCCUAGACAAUGCCUGGGACAUGUUUGACAAUCAGUACCUAUUCCUCCAAUGCAGGAAAGAUAUUCUUAGUAAAACAGUAAAAUGCAUGACCUCUGCUCAGGAGUGUGGAGAAUGAGACCAAAACACCUAAUCUGAUAUGAAACAGGAGGGAAUCUCUUCAAAAGGACAAUCCUUUGGGGACAAAAAAGGAUAAGGUACUGAUAUGAACUUCUUGACUGCACAAUAUAACUGGUAGCACUUCAUCUAUGUGGGUAAACUGUUCAUAUGAAAAUUAAUGAUGUCCUUUGCCUCUUUCUGGGUGUCAGUGCAACCUCAUGGAACCAGGAAAUAUUACACGGAUAUCGAAAUUUCUUCUCCUGGGAUUUUCAGAGAGACCAGAACUGCAGCCCCUCAUAUUUGGGCUUUUCCUCUCCAUGUACCUGAUCACUGUGUUUGGGAACCUGCUCAUCCUCCUGGCCGUCAGCUCUGACUCCCACCUCCACACCCCCAUGUACUUCUUCCUGGCCAACCUGUCCUUUGUAGACAUCUGCUUCACCUCCACCACCGUCCCGAAGAUGCUCUGGAACAUCCAGACCCAGACCAAAGUCAUAACCUAUGAGGACUGUAUCACACAAAUGAACUUUUUCGUAACCUUUGCAGGGAUGGACGACUUUCUCCUGGCUGUGAUGGCCUAUGACAGGUUUGUGGCCAUCUGUCACCCUCUGCACUACAUGGUCAUCAUGAGCCCCUGGCUCUGUGGGCUGCUGGUUCUGGUGUCCUGGAUCACGAGUGUCCUGCAUUCCUUGUUACAAACUUCAAUGGUGUUGGCACUGUCCUUCUGUACAGAGGUAGAGAUCCCCCACUUUUUCUGUGAACUCAAUCAGAUGAUCCAACUUGCCUGUUCUGACACCUUUCUUGAUAACUUGGUGAUGUAUUUUGCAGCUAUGCUGCUGGCUGGAGGUCCCCUCGUUGGGAUCCUUUACUCUUACUCCAAGAUAGUUUCCUCCAUACGUGGGAUCUCAUCAGCUCAAGGCAAGUAUAAAGCAUUUUCUACCUGUGCAUCUCACCUCUCGGUUGUCUCCUUAUUUUAUUGUGCAAGCCUAGGUGUGUACCUUAGCUCUGCUGCUACCCAGAGCUCACGGUCAAGUGCCACAGCCUCGGUGAUGUACACGGUGGUCACGCCCAUGCUGAACCCCUUCAUCUACAGCCUGAGGAACAGAGACAUAAAGAGGGCUCUGAAAAGAAUCGUUGGGAUCCAGUGAUAUAAGAACCAAUCAUCCAAAGGCUGAAGACAUGCCCAUGAUUGAAGGACUCAAAUCCUCAGAGCCAGGAACUGCCAAUCUUUGAUCAGACUGUGGAAGUAGAAUCUACUCCUUCCAUUUCUUUCUUGGCAUUUCCAUUUGUUUGAUCAACUUCUCUCUACAUUUAAGGACUCACUUCAUUAAGCUUCUGCUGUGACUGAAAUACAGACAGUUUCUCCUUUGUCUAUUUUCAGGUGUCCCCAAAGUUUACCCCAACCUUGGGUCACAAAUGCCUGAAAUUUCUGUAUCUCACAUGGGACUAGUUGGAUUUCUUAAAAUUAAUUUCACCUCAAAUGACUUAUACCAUCCAGGGUAAAUUUCCCCUAGAUUUCCUGAGAUCGAUAUCAUGAAUUAUACGCUUCGUACGGAAUAAAGCUACACUUGACCAGUGCGCCAUUUCCAUCAUUUUACUGUCAAGGAGAAUACAAAAGCACAGUUUCCACCUGAGUCUCAGUCUUUCCUUCACUUCCUUUAGGA